UCUGCCUCUCUGAUGCACCCAGAAUAGGCCAUUGCACAAGAUAAUAAUGGGGAACUGUGUGCAAGGCAUUAUGGACUUCUUUUUGCAACCAAAAAAUACCAACAUUCGCCUAAGGUUACCUGCUGUGGCGUUCGUAUGGGAAAUAGCCAUGAUCAUCCUUUUCGGGGUGUUCAUCCGGUACAAUGAGGAGUCUGACACGCACUGGGUUGAGUUCAGAAAGUCGCACAACAUAACAAGUGACAUUGAGAAUGACUUCUACUUCAGAUAUCCAAGCUUCCAGGACGUCCACGUGAUGAUCUUCGUGGGUUUUGGCUUCCUCAUGACCUUUCUGAAGCGCUACAGCUUCGGCGCCGUGGGAUUCAACUUCCUGAUCGCUGCGUUCGGCAUUCAGUGGGCUCUGCUCAUGCAGGGCUGGUUCCACUCCCUGGACUACACGGACGGGAAGAUCAAGAUUGGGGUCGAAAACCUCAUCAAUGCUGACUUCUGCGUGGCAGGAUGCCUGAUUGCUUACGGCGCAGUGCUGGGCAAGGUCAGCCCUGUCCAGCUGCUGGUCAUGACCCUGUUUGGUGUCACCCUGUUUGCAGUGGAGGAGUACAUCAUUCUCGACCUUAUUCAUGCCAAGGAUGCUGGUGGCUCCAUGGUCAUCCACACAUUCGGGGGUUACUAUGGUCUGGCUGUCUCUUGGGUCCUCUAUCGACCCAACCUGGACCAGAGCAAACGCCUGCAGGGCUCAGUCUAUCACUCAGAUGUGUUCGCCAUGGUUGGUACGCUCUUCCUUUGGAUGUUCUGGCCUAGUUUCAACUCAGCCAUCACCGACCAUGGGGAUGGCCAGCACAGGGCAGCCAUCAACACCUACUUGGCGCUGGCCUCCACAGUCCUCACCACGUUUGCCAUCUCUAGCGUAUUUGAGAAGAAGGGCAAGCUGGAUAUGGUGCACAUACAGAAUUCAACGUUGGCUGGUGGCGUUGCCGUGGGAACAGCCGCGGAGUUCAUGCUGACUCCCUAUGGUUCCUUGAUUGUUGGCUUCUGCUGUGGCAUCCUCUCCACACUCGGCUACAUUUUUGUCACACCUUUCAUUGAGAAGUGGCUGAAGAUUCAGGACACCUGUGGGAUUCACAACCUGCACGCAAUGCCCGGUGUCAUCGGCGGCAUUGUAGGGGCUAUUACAGCUGCAGCAGCCAGCAAAGAAGUCUAUGGGGAAGAAGGGCUGAUCAACACCUUUGACUUCGAGGGAGACUUUAAAGAUCGGGUUCCUACAGUUCAGGGCGGGUUCCAGGCAGCCGGGCUGUGCGUGGCCAUCGUCUUCGGGGUUGGAGGAGGAAUUCUUGUUGGUUUGAUCCUGCGGCUACCGAUUUGGGGAGACCCGGCAGAUGAGAACUGCUUUAAUGACGAUAUCUAUUGGGAGGUUCCCGACGAUGAGGAGAGUAUUCCUCCUGUUCUUGAAUACAACAACCACAUGAUGAACAAGCACCCAGAAAUGUCUGAAUCUAACUUCUGUGUGGAGCAGAGAUAGUGGGGCAGCUGGACCACGCCUUUCCUCUCCAACAACCACUGAAGGACCGCAUUGAUGCCAGGAGAAAAGCAUUUUUAUAUAUAUAUACACACCCAAGUAUGUAAAUAUAAAUAUGAAUAUGAAUUUAAAUUUAAGGUUUUAACAUUCCUUUGUUUUAACCAUAAAAGGAAAUUAUGUUAAUGUUGAGAGAACCUUAACGUUUGCUGCUUCUGAACCAUACUACAUAUGGUUUGUUUUACACAUUAUUUUAAAUCUCUGUCCUCUCAACGGCUAUGACAAAUACAAUGGCCGUACUAGAACUUUCUGCUUGAUUAUUUUACACAUGAAUACACAGACAGACACACACACAUUCACACACACACUUUGAGAGAUUGAGUACUAUUGGCCACAAUUAGAUAUUUGUAGUAAAGUGACAUGAAUGAAUGUAUAACAAUCAAAACAUUUAGUAUUUACUCUGAGUACUAUGAUUUGAGUGUUUGUUUAAAUAAUACAUAGCGGUAUACGGUACGUGAAAUAUAACUUGUAACUUCAAUUCAUGGCCAAAGGUGAUUUUUAAACAAACCACUAGACACUUAAAAAAUAGUAUCACAAAAUACAUGCUCAAUAUUUCUAAUAAUUAUGGCCUUAUUUUCCAAUUGAUUUAUUAUACCUUUUAGUUGAAUAUUGUGAUAAUCUGCUAUUUUUAUUUAUUGUAUAUUUUGAGCAUGUAUUUACUUAAUUUCCCUUUUCAUCUCUUCCCAAUGUAUCUUUUGAUUUUUGUAAUAUAAACUCACUCAUGGCAUUCUGUUUAUGUAAUGGAUCUCCCUGUGAACACUAUUCAUUUGUAAAAAAAAAAAGAAAAAAGAAAAAAGAUAAAUAAAAUAAAAUAUGUGAUAUGUUUGUUCAGAAGAA